AUUGUCGGGUGGAACAGCGUGCGUUAUGGCUCGUUUCUCCGUCAGCUAUAAAUAGGGGUGAGUUUUAUUAGAACGAUAAAACAGGGGUUAGAGCGAUGAAAGAGGGAGGAAUUUUUAUUCGGGCGUCGGGCAGAGGACUAUCGACCUAAAUAAUUUCGGCGAUACGGUUUACGCCGGCCCGAAACGAGCGGAUAACUUGGCGUGUGACGUGUUGGCAACAUUCAAACGAAAAUCACCCUUAAAUCAACUGGAGAUUAAGGGCGGAAAUCUCCUGUCGUCGAAGAUCUGCGCGUCUCAAUUCCGCCUUGUUGACAUUUCCAAUUUUCAACUCUCGAGUUGUGGUUGGAGAGGGGGGAUGAAAUUAUGUUACACCCCGGCCAGAACAUAUCUUGAGGGAGUUUUGUAAUCUUUGCGACUCGGCUUUUGUGCCAGUGAUUUUACCCCGGUAAAGAUGAUAUUGUAAAAACCUUUCUCUUUGAACAAAAGGGAUUUUCACCUCCCUCUAUCUGUGGCUGGCUACGCUACCCUCUCCUCAAGCCACCCCUCCCCACCACUUGGCCGAUACCACCCCACACGAAAUAGAUACGGUGGCGGCAGCGGCACUACACUUGCCAUCGCUGGGGUAGUCGACAUCGGAAGGGGGCGAGCUUCAGUCAAAUUUCGACCACCGUCUCUUCGACUCUUGCUCGCCUGUCAUCGGCAUCGCAUCGCACCCCAUUGCAUCGCGCCACUACCAACUACCAACUAUCAUACGAAAUCGGCCGCGUAUCACAAAUUGUGUGCUCAGUGUUCCAAGUUAUUGUGAUCAACUCAUUUUUCCAACAGCAACAUGUGCUGAGGAACUGUCAUUAUUGGACAUUCUCACAAUCUCACGUAUCCGUGAGAACUCCAGAACAACUAUUACGUGAAAAUACAAUUCAAGUAGCAGCGUCUUAUUUCAAAGCAGUUAUCAAGAAUAAUUGUUAAAGUUCACUGUUCAUAAUUAUUUUCGACUUGGAUAAUACUUGAAAUCUGUGUAACAGACGAUACUAACCAUCGACCAUGGAAUAUAAAUGAAGUUGAGAGGAAGGAAUGUUGUAACAGUGCAGUAACGAAUUGGCGAAGCAAAGGUUAUAAAAUUUACACUGUAGUUGCAUUGCUUUCGGGAUAACAUAACAUACAACAUGAAACAUAGCUCUCAACAAAACUUACGUAUAUAGACUAACUCACAAAAUUGUUAUCAUAAAUAGUUGGACAAAAUCUGUCAUCACUUUUUGGUAGUGGAAGAGAAAAGCUUGAAAGAAGUUGUAAUCAGAAAUGCAGGGAACGAACAAUUUGAGGUGAGAAGGUGAGGUCGCCGUGUCGAAUAUGAGUUGUUCGCCGAAUAUAGACGUUGUGAGCAGUCCGGAGAGGGACAAGGACUCGUCAAGCCCCCCUCCCCCCGUUGCAGUGCCCGGAGGGGGCGCAGCUCCCCGCAAGGAGACGACCAAGCCGCAGAACGGCUCCUACACGUCUUUCUCCAUCUCGAGCAUCCUGAGCAGUGGCGGCAAGCAGAACGCUCAGACGCAGCACAACCCGACCGCGCCACUCGACGUCUCCCAUCUGGCCGCGGCGGCUGCCCUCAAUCCCUGCUCCACAGACUCCGCCAUGCUUUCCAGAUUGGGAUUGAUGUCGCACUUCAAUGCGCUGGCUGCGGCGGCCAGUGGCAGGUCACCAUUCCUGGCCGUGUACCCUCCGGCUGUCGAAAAGCCGUGGUACGCAGCCUGGUCGAGGCUGCAUCCUCCACGUACCUCCAGUCCUACUGGAGGCUCGACGACAACCAACGAAGAGACUAGCCGCCCGAGUACGCCGCACAGCGGAGCGCCAGCGUCUGCCUGCCAAGCGGAUGCCGCCUCCGCGACGUCACCUGUUGCCCCCGACCGGCGUCCCGGCCUCGCCUCCAGCCCCGCCUCCAGCACCGGCGACGAGCCUCCCUACCGCGGAUCACAUUCCAUCGGCUCGCUGCUCGCACCCGCAUUCAUGCACAACGACGCCCUCCUCUCCACCGCUGGUCUCCUCCACGUGCAGAACCAGAAGCAUCUCUACUCCUCCCAUCGCAGUCACGAUGAUGACACGAUAGGAGACGACGAAGUAGUGGAGGAAACUGAGGAAGACUUUGACUCGAAGGACGAUGGAAAGAAGGACGACCACAUGAACGGCGGUGGAUCGAACAACAACAGUAAGCGGAAGAAGAAAACGCGAACUGUGUUCAGCAGGAGCCAAGUGUUCCAGCUGGAGUCGACGUUCGACAUGAAGCGCUACCUGUCGAGCUCCGAGCGAGCAGGUCUGGCCGCCAGUCUGCACUUGACCGAGACUCAGGUGAAGAUCUGGUUCCAGAACCGAAGAAACAAGUGGAAGAGGCAGCUGGCAGCCGAACUGGAAGCAGCUAAUAUGGCUCACGCCGCGCAGCGCUUGGUGCGUGUGCCGAUUCUGUAUCACGAAGGCUCCCCCGCCCACCACCCACCUCCUUCGACAGCGUCCAGCGCGGCGGCCUAUCCGUCACUCUACUACCAUCACCAUCAUCAUCAUCACUCGACGCCCACCUCGGGCGUCGGCACCGCCACCCUACCCCCCAGUCCGGUCGCCACCAGGGCCCCCCUACCUACCAUCGUCUGAGAUCAUUCAGCAUGAAGCUGCAGCUAGUUCAACCAAAGAUUCGGUUUCACAUGAAACAAGCAUCGAUCUGAACCUCAAGCAUGUGGCAGAAUAUUAACAAUUUGGACAAUGGACGUGAUCACUUCAAGAAUCUAGCUGGCACAAGCUUUUUUGUGCUACUUCUGACAUGGCUUCAUGGUUCAGCUAAGGCUUUAUUCAGUGUUGACUUGUCGAUGGAGUGUUUCUCAUCUGAUAUUGAACCUUUAAAUCGAUGAGAAGGAAUCGCGUUAUCAGUUAUUGUUCUCAGGAAAACGGAAUCGAGUUUUUUGCUAAAGUGAUUGCGUGAUGUCUUAGGUAUUAACUUUCGUAUGGAAAUACUAAUUUGUGAGUAAAAUAAGCGUGAGUGUUAAUCAAAUGUUAAUGAAACAAACCUGAUGCUUUGAUGCCGUUCCUCUCGAUAUUCAAGAAACUGUUCGAAGAAUACGAUUACUAUGAAGACAUAAUAUCGUGAUAACGAUUUGGUUGAUUGUUGUACAGUGAAUAGACAGUAAUUUCUUAUAAGUGCACCUUCGCAAUGUAGGGUUAAACUUUCGGGGAUGAUGUGACAUAGGACUAUUUAAGUAAUUUAUUAUAAUUAUAUCGAUCAAAGGAAAUCUAAUCUGUUCUAUUUUCUUCGGUUGAAAGUGUAAAUUGGUGAUAUUAUCUCGGAGGAAUGGAUUCUAGUCAAAGUAAAUAAAAAAGAUUGUCUGUUCAAAACUUUCCCUGACUUAAAAUUGUACACAAUAUUAAUUAAAUUCCAAUUUGGAUAGGAUAUGCAAAUUGGUCAAAACUUACAUUUUCAAGGAAUCACUGACUUUGGAAGUUUUAUUGCGAUAUAAUUGGAUUGAAAUGGAAUUUAUCAGUCCACCUUCUGGAUGUUUCCCUCAUUUAAUUCGACUGCUACAAAAGUUCUAAUGUUACAGAUAUUUCAUUUUGUUUAUAAUGUAUAACAAUAUAAAAUAUAAUGUAUUAUAAUGUAGUAUGCAGAGCAUUACUAGGCUACAUGAUAACUUCAUACAUCUCAUACUUUACAUAUUAUCAGUUCUCAUGCAUAAUAAAAACUGUGGAAACUAAUUAUUACAGGUGUUAUUUUUAUCAAUAUUAUUCCAUUUUCAUAAUCCGUAUCCAAGACACAAAUAAAUAGAGAGGGAUGGAAUUCUUAUAUCUCUAAAAUGAGGAAGGAGAACGUCUGCUUGCAAAAUCUUCAAAAUAAAAAAUUGUAGCCUAAUACAACAAAAAUCCAUAUUUUCAUAUAAAACGAUAAGAAGCUUCUUCCGUUCUUAAAUCUUCAAUCCAACCCAUUGUUAUACUCUUGCGAUAUGAGAGGCAAUGUCUUUGAGAAUCAUUGCUAUAAAUUUGUGUACAAUUGAAUUUGAUGAGCAUUUGUAAAACUCUUGAACUUCAAAAAUAUAGUUCCAGAAUGUACAGGUAUUUGUAUCAUAUUUUGUGUAAAUGUGUGGAUGAAUAGUGUUGAAAUAUCUCCAUUGUAUGUGAAAGAUAGAUAAAUAUGUCUUAUAUUGAUUUAAUUUGAAUUUGUAAAAGUUACCAAACGUCUUAUCAUAUACACAGUAUUAUAUCUAGUAGCCUGAAGUGUACAGUUCAUGUUUAUUGUAUUUGUCUGUAUUCGAUAAAAAUAUGAAGAGUAACAAGGAUGCAAAA